AUGGGUAUUAAGGUACAGACCCUUACAGCUGCGCAUGAAAUUUUAGAUGCUUUAGAAAAUGUUUCUGAUAAUGAAGAAGAUUAUAGAGAACGACUGAUAUGUAUUCUACCUCCUCCUGUUGAUCCUGACUGUCUCACUGACGAAGAUUCGGGUGAAGAAGAUAAUGUAACUUUGAAUAAUUUGCCACGAAACAUUCUGCUUCAACCGGCUGAAGUAAUGAUUCAAGGGCAGAUUAUGGUGAGUGAUACAGAAGAAGAAUUUUCUGAUUCUACAGGUCGAACUAAACGUAGGCGUACCUACGCAUGGAGAAGAGAAACAUUGUCAUAG